AUGGAGCAGCAACGCUCCCGACAACUUGCUCCUGCCCCGGCCAAACCUCCGCCACCCCCCUCAAAGGGCCCCAUGAAAAGGACCGCAGAGGUUCCUCGUCGAGAAAAGAUAACAUCUGCUUGCAAAGAAUGCAAAGUGCGCAAAUCAAAGUGCAAUGGGGGAAUGCCGUGUGGAGCAUGCGAUAAGAACAAUACCCGGUGUGUUUAUGACGAGAACAGUGAUAAACGUCGGCGUACUAUUAUGAACCAGAAAAUCCAACAACUUGAAGCAGAUCGUGACUUGCUAAUUCGACUUGUUACCACUCUUCGAGAGACCGACGAUUGCCGUGCCACACAACUCCUCAACCUCAUCCGCAGCAAUUCCUCAUUGGAAGAGAUCAGGGUUUACAUUAAUGAGCGCCUCUACGAUGAGUCGGAGAAGCCGUCCGGGUUGGUUGAUCUCGCAGACCGGUUGCGUCCAUUGAGUGAAUCUGAGUAUCUAUCGCAACGAAGACUUUUAGAUGUAAGAAGGCUCACAGACAUUCCUACCUGGAAGGUACCGGCCAAGCCAUGGACCAAAGUCACGGAUGAUGACGAUUUUGUUUCGCACUUGAUUUCCCUGUGGUUUACCUGGUACCAUCCAUACUUCAACUGGAUCGACCGUGAUAUGUUCAUCCGAGACAUGCAAUUUGGAAAUGCACGAAACGCCAAAUAUUGUUCACCAUUUCUGGUGAAUAUCAUUUUAGCCGAUGCUUGCGCCUACUCAGACUAUCCGGAAGCUUAUUCAGAUGCGAAUGACCGGUCUUCCAAGGGGGUUCACUUUUACGAGGAAGCCAAGCGCUUAUAUGAGGAAGAGGAAGGACGGGUCACAUUGUCGACUGUUCAGGGGUUAUGUGUCCUUUGGGCUUGUGCAGCAUUGAUCGGCAGAGAUGGACGCGGUUGGGUUUACCAAGGUCAACUAGCAUACGCGCUGCAGGACCUGAUGGACAAUAUUGAAAAGGAACAUGGACUGGGGUACGAACCACAUGUCGUGGAUAAUGCUGUAUGGGGAAUUUAUAAUAUCACAACCGCGAGUUCUAUAAGCUGUCAAAGAUUUCCUUUGAUCAAGACGCCAAAAAGACCAUAUCUUCGCGCCCCAGAUUCCAACAGAGAGUUUUUGGACGUGUGGUACCCAUAUCCAACACAGUCCUAUGCCGUACCAUCUCACAUGAUCCAUCUUGUGAACGCUUCCUCUGACCUAAGCAGAAUUACGCACGAUGUGUCUACAAUAUUCUUUGACCCUCAAUCUGGAUUGAAAAAUAUGACAUUCUCUGAGACGCUGCAGAAUGCCCAAAAUGUGCAUGCUCGACUGCAGGAUUGGAAGAAGAAACUGAUCUCCUGUUUAAGAGAAGAGAGCAGCGACGUCCCUCACGUCUUGUCAUUACAUAUGUAUUAUUGUGCAAUCAUCACCACCAUAUUCGGCUUCGUCGAAGAGAAAGCCAAAGAACACGAACUGCCCCAGGAAAAGUAUCAAGAUGCUCUCAACCUGAGACUUACCUCAGCUCGCAAAACCGCACAGUUAGAGGGAACCUGCUGUGCAUCAUGGGGCAUUGACCGUGCCCCAGCUGGCAACGUGCAAUGGAUCACCGUCGCCCUAUCCACGCUCCUGGAACAUCUAGAUGACAACGACAAUCGCGAGGCAUUUAUCAGCCUUUGCAUCGCCUCAAAAGCUAUUUCCCGGCGCUGGGUGCUUGGAAAGGCAAUGCUUCGCUCGAUUCAUAAUACCGCCCGGCAGCUGAACAUCACGCUGCCCGCUGAGACCAGUGCGCUUUUUUCUGAAUUAGACAAUCAGUGCACUUCUUUGAGGGUCGCAGAGUCGGUUAAUAGUCUGUACUCGAACUUGGUCAUGAUUCACGGAUUCAAUAGGAAUGAUGAAGCGGAGAUUGGCAAGUCUUUGGAGAGCAUAUUGCUGAACAAAAGUUCUGCUGAGAGUUAA